AUGGUGAACCUCUCGGACAUAAAGCCGCUCUUCUACGCGGCCCGUUUCUUCGGCUGCGCGCCUCACCGUGUGACCGACAGCGACGUCCUCCUGACCACCUCCGGGUUGAUUUACUCCGGCAUCUGGGCUCUGGGCUUCGUCUGCUGCUGCUGCUACGGUCUACGUCUCAUCUGUGCCGGGGUGUACACCGGCGAGCGCAACAUGCUCGCUUUGACCGCUGUGAGGACACUCCUGGCCUACGUCUGCUUCUUAGCCGACGACGCGUUGACUAUGCGCUGGAACGAGAGGCUCCGAUCGGCUCUUCUGCAGCUCAGGAAUUUCGACGUGGCCGUCAGUUACGGACGGAAGCGUUCGGUCAAUUGGAAGCUCAGAUGCUGCUGUUGGAUGCUCGUUGGGACGAUCAUCGCUUACUGGAUCGGCGUGGGAUACGUUACCUACAAAUGCGAGAUGACCAAUCCUCUCUUCAAUGCGAUCACGUAUGUCAUAGCCAACGCGGCCAUCUCCAUGCAGCUGAUUAAAUUCGCCGGACUGCUGAUCCUGCUGCGCCAGCGCUUCCGAUAUCUCCGCGAGUUACUGCCGCUCGAAGCAGCGCAUCCCAACUCGGCUCGUCGAGCAAUACAGCUGCAGGACAUCUGGUGGCUUCAUUGUUCCUUGGCAAACGCCGCCGAGACGAUAAACUCCUGCUACUCGCUCCAACUGCUGCUCUGGAUCUUCACUAUGUGGCUCAACGCGCUCUCCAGGAUUUACGCGAUGAACGAGACGCUAGUGGACAGUGGUCAGUUUUUGCUGAUGCUCAGGGAGUCGCUCCUCGUCACCGCUUGUAUCGGGAAUCUCAUGCUCAUAGCUCUGGCCUGCCAUUACACCGCUCGAGAGGCCAACAGCGUCGGGAGAGCCGCGUUCGCGCCGCAAACGAGCUUUUCCCGGAAGCGCAGUCUCUUGGAGCACAGCCUCGAGGUCGGCGUGUAUUUCAGUCUACGGCAACUGCACUUCUCCGCCGCAGGUGGUUUCAUACAGGUCGAUUUGCCCCUGCUUCUGUCCAUCGCCGGCGCCAUGACGACCUAUCUCGUGGUUCUGCACAACAACUCCUAG